UUCUCGAGCUUUUUUUCCGGAAAAACCAAACCUGUCUUUGCACCAUCAUACCGUAACCCACGUCUAAUGGCGCCCGACGUCACCAGGGCCGCUGCCGCCACCGCCAAGACCAGCGAGGAUGAAAGGCCCGCCGGCGCACGGAGCUGCGCGUACGUGACGUUCCUGGCGGGGAACGGGGACUAUGUGAAGGGGGUGAUUGGGCUGGCCAAAGGGCUGAGGAAGGCCCGGAGCGAGAACCCGCUCGUGGUGGCGAUGCUGCCCGACGUGCCGGCUGAGCACCGCCGCAUGCUGGCGGAGCAAGGGUGCGUGGUGAGGGAGAUCGAGCCGGUGCACCCGCCGGAGAACCACCGGACUGAGUACGCCAUGCCCCACUACGUCAUCAACUACUCUAAGCUUCGCAUUUGGGAGUUUGUCGAGUAUAGCAAGAUGAUAUACCUCGACGGAGACAUCCAAGUGUUCGACAACAUAGACCAUCUCUUCGACCUCCCGGACGGCAACUUCUACGCCGUGAUGGACUGUUUCUGCGAGAAGACAUGGAGCCAUACGCCUCAGAACAAGAUUGGGUACUGCCAACAGAACCUGAACAAGGUCCGGUGGCCCGAAGACCUCGGCCCGAAGCCGCCUCUCUAUUUCAACGCGGGCAUGUUCGUGUUCGAGCCGAAUCUCAACACUUGCCACGACCUGCUCGAAACAGUCAAGAUCACCCCUCCAACCCCUUUUGCUGAGCAGGACUUCUUGAACAUGUACUUCAGGGAGGUGUACAAGCCAAUCCCGCCGGUCUACAACCUCGUCACGGCCAUGCUGUGGCGUCACCCCGAGAACUUCGACCUCGACAAGGUGAAGGUGGCUCACUACUGCGCGGCCGGGUCCAAGCCGUGGCGGUUCAUGGGGGAGGAGGCCAACAUGGACAGGGAAGACAUCAAGGCGCUGGUCAAGAAAUGGCGGGACAUCUUCGACGACGAGUCGCUGGACUACAAGAACUACGUAGGGCAGGAUCGCGCCCCGCCCGUGGACUUGCAGCCCUUCCUGGCGGCGCUGUCGGAGGCCGGGACCCUCGAUCAUUUCUCCGCUCCGUCCGCUGCCUAAUGAAGGUCGCCACGGGUGUUUCCCAAGUUCGUGCGCGAGUGAAAGAUGGUUGAUUGUGCUUAUGUUUAAUUAAUUUUCUCUUUGGACAAGCAAGGCCUGUGUUUUGUAAGGCACGAGGAGCUUGGGCUGGACAAUAUUAUAGUUCUUUACUUUGGUUGA